AUUCCUGCUCCAUGUCGACUGGCGCGCUAAACAUUAGCCCCUCGUCUCAUGACCGAAGUGGAUAGGCGUGCCUCGGCCUCAUACAUAAAGGAGGACCUCCAGCAGGAGUCCCGCACACAUCGCAGCUCCCCACUCCAGCCUCUCCCGCACCUGUCCGCAGGCCCGGCGCGCGCUCAGAUCGCCGUUACGCACGGGAACAAAAAGGUCCACUUCACAUUGGGGAUCAUCAGAGGCUAACUGUCACAAUGGACCCCUCUCUUAUCAAUGCAGCCUUUCAUUUUACUGUGACGCUCAUAAACAAACCUCGUAUACCAAGCUAGCAAUAAAUGUUUUUCUUCAUUCACACUUUUAGAUUGGAGCCAAAGUGUGUUUUAAUAUUAGUGUUUUACGAUAGCUUCUUAUUUUAAAAAUAUAUAUAUAUAUUUACCUCAAACCAUUAAAAAUUACACCAUUUAAAGCAGUGAUGGAUACGACUACUCUAGCUACUCUGGCUACUGCCACCACGGCGGUUCUGGCCUCUCAGUCUGACAUGUCCGGCUACUUGUGGCUGCUGAUCGUGGGCUUCGUCAUUGCCUUCAUCCUGGCCUUUUCUGUGGGGGCCAACGAUGUGGCCAACUCCUUCGGCACUGCCGUGGGCUCUGGCGUGGUCACUCUUCGGCAGGCGUGCAUCCUGGCCACCAUCUUUGAGACCGUGGGCUCGGUGUUGCUGGGGGCCAAAGUCAGUAAGACCAUCAGAGAGGGCAUCAUCGACGUGCGGAUGUACAACGGCUCUGAACACAUUCUCAUGGGAGGCUCCAUAAGUGCUAUGUGUGGUUCUGCAGUGUGGCAGCUGUUUGCAUCGUUUCUGAAACUCCCCAUUUCUGGAACCCAUUGCAUUGUUGGAGCCACAAUUGGGUUUUCCAUGGUAGCCAGAGGCUACCAGGGAGUCAAAUGGUUGGAAUUACUUCGGAUUGUGGCAUCCUGGUUUCUUUCGCCGGUGCUGUCGGGAUUCAUGUCAGGAAUUCUCUUCUAUUUUGUCCGAAAAUUUAUCCUAAAUAAGCCUAACCCUGGAUCUAAUGGACUGAAAGCUCUUCCCAUCUUCUAUGGAAUCACUGUUGGCAUCAACCUCUUCUCCAUCAUGUACACAGGCGCUCCAAUGCUGGGCUUUGACAGAGUGCCAUGGUGGGGUACGCUGUGCAUCUCUCUGGGCUGCGCCUUUGUCACAGCGUUGGUGGUUUGGUUUUUCGUUUGCCCACGCCUCAAGAAAAAGAUCGCAGGACAGACGGCUGCUGCUCCCUGUGAAACUCCACUAAUGGAGAAAAACGCCAGUAAACCCGUGCCAGAGGAGCGACCCUUCAGACAGCCGGACCCUCAGACUCCUCCAGCAGACAGUCAUAAAGUGGCGUUCAAACUCGGAGGCUCCGAGGAGGCCGACCUGAACAACGACGUAGAGUGUAAAGACUUGGAUUUGUGCAGCGGUCUGAAUGGCAGCAUCGGCCCCAUGACGAUCACCGAUCCCCGCAGCGGACGCUCGCACACCAUCCACAAAGACUCCGGCCUUUACAAAGACCUUCUGCACAAGCUCCACAUGGCCAAAGUGGGGGAAUGCAUCGGUGACAGCGACACGGAGGAGCGGCCCAUGCGCAGGAACAACAGCUACACGUCCUACACCAUGGCCAUCUAUGGAAUACACGGAGAUCCCAAAUACAGGGAUGUGGAAAACGGACUGCAGAGGAGAUCCAGGGUGGACAGUUACAGCAGCUACAGCUCCGCUGUGACCAGCAGCAGCGCGGCUCGGGACGGGGCCGAGACUCUGGAGGCCAGUCAGGAGCCCUCACCGGAGGAAGAUGAGCUGGAGGUCGACCCGCCUGCUGCCUCGUUGCUUUUCCAGUUUUUGCAGAUUCUCACAGCUUGCUUUGGCUCUUUUGCACACGGAGGAAACGAUGUCAGCAACGCUAUCGGGCCUCUGGUGGCGCUGUGGCUUCUCUACGACAGUGGCUCUGUGGUGUCGGAUGCACCCACACCCAUCUGGCUGCUUCUGUAUGGAGGAGUGGGAAUCUGCGUGGGACUCUGGGUUUGGGGUCGGAGGGUCAUCCAGACCAUGGGCAAAGAUCUCACUCCAAUUACUCCCUCAAGUGGGUUCAGCAUUGAGCUCGCUUCUGCCGUCACAGUCGUCGUGGCGUCAAACGUCGGUCUUCCUGUCAGCACGACCCACUGCAAGGUGGGGUCUGUGGUGGCUGUGGGAUGGCUGCGCUCCAGGAAAUCCGUUGACUGGCGUCUGUUCAGAAACAUCUUCAUCGCCUGGUUCGUCACAGUUCCCAUCUCCGGGCUGAUCAGCGCCGCCAUCAUGGCUCUCUUUACCUACGUCAUUCUAUGAGUCCUGCUGGACUGAAUCAUUGUACUGCUUCAAUUUACUCUUCAUUCAGACUGUUCGAGGUUUUUUUUUAUGAUUUAUAUAUUUUUCAGUGUAAUUUUAAACUAAUAUUGUGGGUGUUUGCAUCAAUUUUGUAGGUUUAAUGACUUUGUUUAAUUGUCGAAAACACUGUGAUCCUUUGUAUUACUGUGUAAAUAUUUGUACAAAAGCAAUGUGCAUUCAUCAGAUUAUAAAACUUGAAAAGAGAACAGGCAGCAAUUGUGUUAGGAUGAAAAUGGCAUGUGAAGAGAUUUCAGUAUAUAUUUUAUUCAAUAAUAAACAUCUUAUUUCAGAAUGUGAUGGAGUUUGUGUGAGCAAAUGUGUGAAAGUGAAGUUUUAUAAGGAAAUAAAUAACUGAUUUGUCUGAAAGUGAUGAAGAACAAUAAAAAGGGGCAUUUCAGA